AUGACAUGCUCCAAUAAUAUCGAUCAUUGUGAUUCAUGUGUAGAUAUUAAUAAAGAAAUCAAUGGAUUGCAUUAAUGCAUUUGUAAAUAAGGGUAUUAUUUCGAUCCAAAUUAUACAGUGUGUUAAUUAUGCGAUAGUUCAUGUGCCAUCUGUAAUAUUGAUAGAUGUCUAAUUUGCAAAAAAGGCUAUGGAAAGACUACAGAAUCUCCUACUUAUUGUUUGCCAUGUGAGUAUCCAUGUUUGGAUUGUUAAGAAAAUGUAGAUUUUUGUAAUGAAUGCGAUAGAAUAAGUCUAUUUUACUUAGAGAGCGAGAAAUGUUAAUGUCCUGAUGGUUAUUAUUCUACAAAUUAAUAAUGUUCGAAAUGUUCUAAUGAAUGUGAGAAAUGUUUUCAUACAUCUGACUAUUGUUUAAGUUGCAUUGAUCAUAAUUAUUAAUUCUUUUAGAAUACGUGUGUUUGUCCCUUUGGAUACUAUAUUGAUACAGCAUUAAAUUGUUAAUUAUGUUAAUAACCAUGCGAAUCAUGUUAAUUUAAUUAUGACUUUUGUUUGAGUUGUCCUGAUUCCAUAUAAAUUUUGAUUGAUAAUCGAUGUUAAUGUGUUAAUGGUUACACAUACAUAAUAACCACAAAUUAAGAAUCGAAUAGUUCAUGUUAUCAAUGUUCAGAUAUUUAUUAGAACUGCUUAGAAUGUAACUCGAUCUAAUGUAAUAAAUGUUAAUAAGGAUAUUAUUAAAAUGAAUUAUAGGAGUGUAUCAUUACUAUCUGUGGUGAUCAGAUAAAAGUAUAGAAUGAAUAAUGCGAAGAUGGAGAUGAUGGAUGCCUUGAUUGUUAAUGUGAGUUAGGAUGGCUAUAAAAUCUUACUGGAUGUUUUUCGACAUGUGGAGAUGGAAUAUAAGUCAAAGGAGAAUAAUGUGAUGAUGCAAAUGAUAUUCAAUAUGAUGGGUGUUACGAAUGUAAGUAUGAUUGUAAUCAAAAUUGUGGAUAAUGUAAUUAAGGUUUGUGUGAAUAGUGUAAAUAAGGAUAUUUAUUAGAAGAUAAUUAAUGCAUUGCUACUUGUGGAGAUGGUAUAUUAGAUACGUCAAAAGAAUAAUGCGAUGAUAAUAACGAUCUUCCAAGAGAUGGAUGCUACAAUUGUUUCCUUGAAGAGGGCUUCUUCUGUUAAUAUAACGAAGUGUUCUAAUUUAAGUCCUGUGAAAGGUGCUUAGAUGUCAAGUGCAUUACUUGCAUACUUUAGAAUCAAAUUCAAAUAUGCCAAAAGUGUUAGGAAGGAUAUUUUAUUGAUUAAUAACAUAGUUGUUCCUUAUGUGAUAAAAUUUGCAUUGAUUGCAUUAUUACUUCAAAGAAUUGCAUCACUUUUGAUUAUGAAGUCUAUUAAUUAAAAGAAUGUAACCAAAGUGAAGGUUUCUAUUAUAAUUUCACUCUUAAAGAUUGUGAAUCUGUGUGUGGAGAUGGAAUUGUAACAAAUUAAGAAUAAUGUGAUGAUUAUAAUAAUCUUAAUUAUGAUGGCUGUAAUAGCGAAUGCUAAAUUGAGACUGGCUUUCUCUUUGAUGUUGAAAGUAAUAGUUUCAUCAAUGAACCCUAAAUUUAGGUAGAAAUAAAUUAGUCUCAUAAUAAUAAAUAUUCAAUUUUAGCUGAUCAAUCUUAGGAAUCCAUUAACUGUACUGCUACUGAAUUAAGUAUUGAAAAAUUCAAUCAAACAGAAUACAAUUUUAGUGUUAUUGAAACUGGUGACAACUGUGAAAUAAAUAUGUCAUAUUCCAAAACAGUUGAACCAACUAAUUUGAUCCACAUUUUUGUCAAAUAUAAGGGUCAUUACAGAAAAAGGAUCUUAGAUGAUGGCUUUUAGCAAGAAGUGAUUAUUGUACCAGCAAGAUAAGUAUAUGUGAGUUAAGAAUAAAAAGAACAAGGCGAAAAAAUGGCAACAGCUUCAAAAGCCAUGUCUUCAUCAAUAGUAGCAUUUGCUCCAUUAGCCUUGUUAGUAGGAGGAUUCAAAUUUAUUUGGGCCAUCCUAGAUAUUCUGAGUUGGAUGAAUAACUUCUAUUUCUUAAAUGUUAACUAUCCAGAAAACGUUAGACUCAUCUUUUAACAAGCAGAAUGGAGUAAUGUCAUUAAUUUUCCUUCAAUCAACCUAUUAAAUUAACCUUCCGAUGAUUAUUAUUUCCAAGCCUAACCCAAGUUUACAGAAAAAGGUGUAGACCCACUUUUUUUUAAUAACAUCUAAAUAGUCUUAAUCUUUCUAUUUCAAGUAUUAGUUACUAAAUUAAUUUGUUUAACAUUUAGGAAGACAUUAUAAAAAUAUUAUAAGAAAGUAAUUGUUCUCAAUUAAAAAAAAAAAACAAUCUUUUAACUUAGUGAUUAUCAUAUUGAUAUUUAAAAACAGGAUGAAAAAUAAGAGGAAUAAAGAUUGGAAACGCAUAUUUAUCAAAUCCCAAAUAUAUUAUUACCUUUUUAUUCUUAAUGCACUCUUUUUGAAUCUACUUUCAUAACUAAUUUGAUCAAAACCAUUUAAUUAAGUUAUUUGGAUAUUACUUUAGCAAUUGUUCUUUAAAUUACUAAUUAACAAACAGCUGAUAACUUGAUAGUUAAAGUAAAUGUUGGAAUGGCUUUAAGUUCUAUUGUUAUAUUGUUUUAUUUAGUGAGAUUCUCAUACUCUAUAUCUACAUCGCAUCAAUUGAAACUAAAUUAUCAACAUUUUUAUCAGAGAUAUAGUUGCUUUUAUGAAGAUCUAAAAACAGAUUCAAAGAUUGCUAUGAUUUAUUCUUUUGUCAAUCUAAUCAGAAAAACUAUUUUCAUAGUUGCCACCGUACUACUAUAUCAUUUCCCAAUAUUUUAAACGAGUGUUUGUUUCUUGUCCUGUUUAUUAAACAUCAUGUUGUUAAUGAAGGGUAACCCUUUUAUAAGUAAAAGACAAUAUAUAUUAAACUUUAUUCCUGACCUUUGUAUAUUGCUAAUAAUAGUAAUAACAAUUAUUUUUGCAUUUUAAGAUAGGUUUUAAAUGUUCGGAGACUCAAAAAUUUACAUAUUGGGCUGGGUAAUUGCUCUUUGCAUAUACAUUUCAAUACUAUUGUAACUGUUAUUCUUGCUAAAAGAGAUACUAGUUUCAAUGUGGGAUAAGUUCAAAAACUUGGCUAAUUUUAUUAAAAAUAAAUUGAAUUGUGUUUAGUGA